AAGCUAAAUAGAUCAAAGAAAAUAAGAUCAAGACAUCCAUCCUUUUGUGUUUUUUCUUCAACUCUCCCCCCACUUUUUCCCCAUUCCCUUCAUUUUGAUCCAAUCAUCAAACCCGGGUUUGAAUUUUGUUCUCGACAAAGAAGACAUGGCUAACUCGGCAUCUGGGAUGCACGUAAAUGAUGAAUGCAAGAUCAAGUUCUUGGAGUUGAAAGGAAAGAGGACUUACAGAUACAUCGUGUUCAAGAUUGAUGAGAAGGCGCAGGAAGUUCAAGUAGAAAAGUUUGGGAAUCCAGAAGAGACUUACGAAAAUUUCACAGACUCCAUCCCCGAGAAUGAAUGCCGAUACGCAAUCUAUGAUUUUGAUUUCACCACCGAGGAUAAUUGCCAGAAGAGCAAGAUCUUUUUCAUCGCGUGGUCACCUGAUACAUCAAGAGUAAGGAGUAAGAUGUUGUAUGCAAGCUCAAAGGAUAGGUUCAAGAGAGAAAUGGAUGGAAUCCAAGUUGAGUUGCAAGCAACUGAUCCUAGCGAGAUGAGCCUUGACAUCAUCAAAGAACGAGCUCUCUGAACCAAAUAUCAAUCAAUCCAUAUUCUAAAUGAAUCACUGCGUCCUUGUUCAUUACUAUUUCGUUUGUUAAGAUUUCUUAAUUUCGUUUGAAUGACAUCUCCCAUUUCCAUUUGCAUAUUUCUGCUAUAGCUAUUUGCAAACAGUUUGUGUGGA